CUCUCUCUCUCUGUGACCAUCACUACUUGCACAGCAACAUCAAGAUGCCGCCCAAAGCAGCCAUCGUUGAUGACUUCGAUGAUGACACAGAUUUCGCCCUCCCCACUCCACCGCCCUCAACCGGAGGAGCAGGAGCAGCAGGAGGCCCACAGAUGCCCGCAGGCAUGCCUCAAAUGAGCCCCGAGCAGAUGCAAGCAUUCCAACAGAUGAUGAUGGGCGGUAACAAUGGCGGCGCAGGCAGCAGCAUGGGCGGCGCCUCUGCCCCACGCGGCACGAGCAAUGCUCCACCAGAGUCGAAGCGCUGGAUCACCCUCUACCCCAUCUACUUCGACGCAAAACGCAGUCACAAGGCAGGUGAACGUCGUGUCCCCUGGUCUCUCUCCAGUCUUGCUCCCCAGUCGAUCCACAUCGCUCGCGCCAUUGAGCAGUUGCGCGGGCUGCGUUUCACCCACGAGCCUGGCAAGACGCACCCUCGUGAUUGGGAGAACCCGGGAAGGGUCAAGGUGGAACUCUUCAAGGAUGAAGAGGGCACGGAGGUAGUUGAUCAGAAGCUCAGUAACAGGAAACAGCUCCUUCUGGCGGUAGCGCCGCUUGUGCAGCAAAUUGCGGCCAAAGGGUCUGGGGGAGGAGCGGGGAAGCCGCCCACCGACGUGCCGAGAAGAGAGAAGGCCAAGAGGAAAGGGGAGAAGAAGCACGAGAAGAAAAAGGCAGCAGCAGCAGCAGCUGCUGCCGCAGCUGGUCAGGAGAACAAGACUGCCGCAACGAGCAGCAAGGGCAAGGCUACGGCAGGCAAGAAGCAGUCAGUCAAUUCGUCCACCGCUGCUGCGCCUUCCACCUCUCAGCAACAGCACAAGCCCCGCCUCGGCCGUCGCCUCCCCUCAGCAGGCAGCUCAGCCCGCUCCUCACGCGUCUUCCGCGAAAAGGCCCUUCGUCCGCACCUUCCUCCCGCGCACGUCCGUCUGCCCCCACACUCGCCAGAAUGGGCAGGCGAGGCAGAAAGAGGGUCGUGCGUGUAGGGCGUUAAUGACGAAGAGCGGCCGCAGGCGAAGCUGGCCAGCCAUGAAGGAGGAAUCGAAUCAAGUCUUUGCAUUGAAGAGGAUCAGAAGCGGUCGGCGACGGCACUGUUUGUUUCGUCUCCUUUCGUCAUCCGUGGGACCCCCGCAUCCUGUCUGC